AAAGAAAAAACACUUGAGCCAUAAAAUGUCACAGACACUGACCAAGGCUUUAGAAAAAAUAAUGAUAAUAAUAAUAAAAGGAAAAAAAUAAAAAUAAAAAUAGAUACUUGCGAAAAUUCACUCCCAUCUGCUUCUUCUCUCUUCGUCCUCCUCCUCCUCCUUCGAAAUCCAUGAAUCCCAGCAAAACAGAGGAGGAUCUAUUCCAUCACCAUCCUCAUCUCCACCAUCACCACCACCACCACCUUCACCACCAUGAUUUGGGUCCACAUCCCCAGAUCAUUUCCCACCAAACGCAAUCUCAGCCGUCCAUUCCCAACCCAGAAGACGACCCUCCUUUUUCCCUUCCCGAAAUCGUAAUCUUCCGCUCCUCCUCAUCGUCUUCCUCGCCUUCCCACUCUUCGUCCGAGAACGAAGAUGUCUCCACCCAUCACCAACACCAACACCAACACCAACACCCCAACCCCAACUCAUCGAUUUCCCCCAAAACCCCACCCCACCCACCUCUCUAUAUCAGCCCCGACCCCCACAUCUCCUCCCAGUUCUACACCUUCAACCCGGACUCACACGCUCUGAUGAUUCGCUGCCUCCUCGAGCACCGCCUGGCAACCCCGGCCGAGAUCCGCGCCGCCACGCCGAGAGCCGUGCUCAAGUCAUGGCGCGCCGUCUGGAAGGACCGCAACGAGGAUACGGCUUACCUAACCGCGUGGAAGCGAAUCCAGGACAAGCUCGCCCCUCACGUCGACGAAAACGGUAAUGAAUUCCUCUGCUUCAAGAACAAUACCCAGCAAUUCGUUUCCCAUAUUAAUCAGUGGCAGGACAUUGUGAUGAGCUUCCAUGCUGAUAGUGAUUUAAAGCAUUUAGGUCUUAAGGAUACCAUUGAUAGGAUUAAGCAGGUGUGGACCGUAGGUGCUAAGUUUUAUGGCAUUCCUGAAAGUUACAUUAGGGUCUGUGUUGCUGCUUGCCCUGUUUGCUCUUCUGCUUCCUCUGGGGCAGCAGGUAGGAGUAAACGCCGUAGAUUUGAGUAUACUGAGUCUUUUGAUGUUCCUGCUAAAGAAGUGCCCCAUAGGCUUCAACAAUUGGCUGCCAAGCACAAGGUCGUGCUUUGCAUAAGGCAGAAAUAUAUUAGGUAUAAGCCCUUUAUGGCUGAGGUCAAGGACUAUGCCUGUCAUAGGGCAGGCGAACCGGCUGCCAAGAAAUCGAAAAUUUUAAAGAGGGAACCUUAUGCAUCCAAGCGAUGCGGGUGUGGAUUCCGUAUUCGGGCCAUUGUGCCCAUUGCCAAUUAUAAUGAUAAGGACAAGACUUUUGUCUAUCAAGAGGAAGGGGUGGCUGUGUUUAAGUUGUAUGCGGUGCAUUCAGGGCAUGAGCCUGGGCCAUUGGAUGGAAAUGCAAGGAUUAUGCAUCGAGUUGUGGGUCACAAGGGCGGAUUUUUGAUGGAUCAAGAUACAGUAUAUGGAGUGAGUGAGGAAAUGGAGAAUGAGGGCUUUGGGCUGAUUGGAAAGGAGGAAGGGAAUUUACAUCUUUCCGUUUUGCAUCAGGUGCAGGAAUUGAGGGGGGAAGUUGGGAUGUUAGAAGCAAAAAUUGCAAAAGUCCCAAGAGAGCUGUUGGCUUCAGUGUCUCGAGAGCUGUGCGAUAUUGUGAAUAAAGUUAGACAUUUAGGGAAUGAGUGUUCAAAGCCUCUAGGGUUGCUCCAGGACAAGCCUCAUUCAGAUGAUGUGUUGGUUGGGGAGGAUGAUUUGGCACAUUGGAGUGAUCACCACCAUGAACGAAUGUAUGGGGAUGGCAAGGACACUGAAUUGAUUGAGGAUGAUGAAGAUAGUUUUGGGCGAACUCUUGGUGAUGUUGUUCCUUGGGACCAGAUGAGGACAGAUUGUAGGAAUCAAAAAGAUCUCUUGAGUGAUACUUGUAAGUCUGAAAAGUGGCUGAAAUGUAGCAACUUUGAUGAGAAGAGUAUCCUUGAUUGUGAGGAUACAAAGCUAACCAAGCCCUUAAGACAUGAUGAGGGUAUAGUGGCAGAUGUAGGUCUUGUCGGUAUACAGGUUGAUAGUUUCUACCAAGAUAAUCCAAAAUGGUAUGAUUCUCCAUGCGGAUUGGACUCUAGUGCUGAUUGUGGGGAUAGUGGAUUCAGGCAUGGAGAGAUUGUUUAGUCUUCCUUGAAGAGCUGGCUAAGACUCCCUAACAUAUAUGAGUUUGUGAUUCCUCUUAAGUUGGAAGGGGUUGUACAUUUAUGUAUACAGAAGAUUGGAACCUCUUUACAUGCUUUGAGGUUCCUUUAUUGUGUGUGGUACUGUAUAUUAUAGUCCAAUUGGGCUUUCUGCCCAUAAAGAUUCAUAACUAUUUGUUAACCAUUUUCUGGCCCUUUACAGGACUUUAGAUUUUCCGGAUUGGUUCCUCUGACAGUCAUAUUGCCGGGUAGUUUUUUCAACGUUUCUUCUUUGAUGUCAUUCUUGAAUGUAAUAUUUGUGCAGCUCACUGUCAGUUCUCAUUGUUGCAUGAUGAGAUUUCUAAUUUUCCUUUAGUUUUUGACUUGUAUUCGCCUUGUCUUUUUCUCUCACGUUCAGCUUUGAUGAACUCUCUGUAUGAAGUUAUGUAACCAAUCAUACCAUAAACAAUUCUUACUCGCCAGUCGAUUAGGCUAUUUGUAUGAAGGUUAUUGUGUUUCCUUGUAUCAUCAAACUGUAUGGAAGAUAUACAGGUGCUCCCUUGUUCAGUGUAUGAUUUCAUGUUACCUUCAUUUAAUUGGAAAAUGAUAAAUCUCAUACCACUGUUUGGUUGAAA